UAUAAGGAUAAAUAUCCAGAAAAUACAUUGAUCGGUUUCAAAGGUGCCGUUGAUGCUGGUGUUGAUGUAUUGGAAACUGAUGUCCAAGUUACAAAAGAUGGUGUUGUUGUGAUUAAUCAUGAUCCAACUACUGGAAGAGUUUAUGAUAAGGAUCUAGUUGUUGCUGAUUCAAACCUUGAUGAAUUGAAAGACUUGACAAAUAAGAGUGAUCCAAGUCAAAAAUUUCUAACUUUCCAAGAAUUAGCAGAAUGGGUUAUAACUCAAAAAGAUGGUUUGAAGAUAAUGUUGGAUAUUAAACCAUAUAAUAAUAAAUUAAUACUUGUCAAGAUCAUUAGAGAUUUGAAAAACGUUUAUAAUGAUUUGACAUUUUGGUAUGAUAAAAUUAUCUUUGGGUUAUGGAGAUUAGACUUUUAUGAAUAUGGUGUUGUUACUGGAUUGAUUAAAAAUUUCGAAAUCAUCAACAUUUCAAUAUCACCAGUCAUUUCAAACACAUUGAUUGAAUAUUCACAAACCGUGCCAAAAGGUUUCAAAUUGAAUGCAAUUUCAAUUUUGGAUGUUUCUUCAUGGGCUAAUGAUUUUGAUAAUUAUAGAGAAACCGUUUUGAAACCAAAUAAUAUUGGGUUAUAUCUCUGGACUGUUAAUUCUCCAGAUGAUAUUAAAAAAUCACUAGCUGUUAAAGUUGAUGGAAUGGUUACAGAUGAUCCUGUUCAA